UACCCAUGAUGUGCCAGGUUCCGGGUGCUCGGGAUCCAGUAGUGAGCCAAUGCACUCACUCCUGGAGCUUAUUACAUUCAGGCUGAAAAACAGGCAAUAAGCUACAACAAUUACACUGAAUGAUGUAAAAGAAAAAAAAAGAGCAGAGUAUAGGGGACGGACAUGAACUAGGUCAGGCAGGGUAGGCCUUAUUGAUGGCCUGAGAAUUGUGGGGAAAGGGGUCCAGGAGGGCACAGAUUCUAAAUAGAAUAGUGGUGUUUCUGGGCGACAAUCCGAGGGUCCUUUUACCAGGAGGCGCCCUUGAGAGCUCACUGUCUGGCCAACGUCUUCCCCACGGCUGCAGAGGGCUUCUGAGCGACAACCAGACCUCCGAGAGGCGGCGGAUGGGGAGCCUCUAAUAGGCUCCGCGAAAGAGCCACGCCGGAAAUUCUGCUCGCCGCCUACCGCGGCGGAGGCUAACAGACCCAUGGAACUAAAGUCCAGGCGGAAACGCGAGCUCGCGGACCGCGAAAGCAGGCGACACCGGAAGCGACUCCGAGACUCAAACAUGGCGGCCGCCUGGUGCCUGCGCUUGGGCCUGAGCCGAGCCAGAGCCAGGCUGCUGCCGCCGCCCGCGCACUGCCUUCGCCGGGAUUUGCACAAGCAGGUAGACGGCACCGAGUUCCAGAGCAUCUACAGCCUGGACAAGCUCUACCCGGAGUCGCGGGGUUUGGCUACUGCCUGGAGGGUCCCGGUGAGCCGGGAGGGCCGGGCGGAAGGGGCGUUUCUCCGUCUCUGGAGGGUGACUUCAGGAAGCCGGGGUCCCAUUGGCCAGGCGCGCCGCUAAUCGAAGGUGCCGCCGCGGGAGGGGAGCUGGUUGCCUGAGCAACCGGGGACUGGGGCCACAGGGAGGAUCUUGGUCCCCAGGAUGGCUUGAGGUGUGCAGGCGCCCGGAGAGCACGCUGGAUGUGCUUCCUACAAGACCACCAGCUUUUCUGCAUGAGUUCCCCGGCCCUCAGGCCCAGAUUCUUGUCCCAAGGGAAACUGUGGCAUUCUGGCCCUGCAGAGAGGACAAUAAAGGCAGGAGGGUGCCAAGUUGUUUGCUGCCUUCUGGAAUCUUUUAGAAAGUCACACUGUCCUUAGCCUCUCGUAACCCCAGCAUGCCUGGGAAACAGGGCUUCUCGUCCGUUUCCUCAGGAUGCGUUGAAUGACAGCCCGCCGUGUGCAGGCUCUGUAUCAGGCCCCUGCACAGGAGCGAUAGGACCCAGCCAUUUCUGAUAAAUUUCCACCUACAGGACUGGAAGAAAAGGUGCAUUGCUUUAUUCACUCACUCAACAAUUUCUAUUGAAAGCCUGCUUUGUGCACUGUGCUAGGCAUGGGGAUAGAGUAGUGAACAAAACACAAAAAUCCUAAUGCUUGUGGAGGUUGUCUUCUAAUGGAGGGAGACAGGCAAUACGAAAAAAGAAGGACAGGGUAUGUGAGAUGGUGAUAAGUACUCUGGAGACAAUAAAGCUCGGAAGGACGAAGGAGUGCUAAGG